UUGCGCGUAAUGCGUCUGUGAAAACAUAGCUUUUCCCUGCUGACAUUCCGGUAGCCUCGUUUAUUCUGUUACUUCGAUCCCCGUUGAGGUUGAGACAGCCCUUUCCUUUGACGCGAUUCGGCGCUUACCGACGCGCUUCGAAGUCUUAGGGACCUUCGCGACUUGCCCUCCACCUCAACCGCCUUUGCAAUCCUGCAUACAACCUAAACCGAGUCCAAUUACACCAUGACUGCAUAGUACGAGGCCGACGAGCGAAAGUAUGGCACCAUCCAUGACUCCAUCGACAGCUUCUCAUAGCGCCCCUUCGCUUCCAUUCGCGAGCAACCUCAGCGAACAGUUGUCUCAGCGGUCUAAAUCGGAACGGCCUGAUUUGAGUCAGUCAGGCACCCAGACCGACUCUGCAGGAGAAAAAGCCAGCUUGUUUGGCCCAUCAUUGCGCCCUUCACCCAAAACUCGGUCUCUAUCCGACGCUUCAAGACCUUCCGUAUCGCUUUCUCCCACCACUGGAGAAGAGCGUCCAUCCAGUAAAGAUGACACUGCCUUGGCGCCUCAAACACCCCGCCGAAGUCCAGCUUCUCAUCCUCCUCUAAAUAUACAAUCGUUACCGACCAAAGCGGCGACGCCUGCAUCGUCCAGCCGUGCCCCCUUAUCCCCGAAACUCGACCCAUCACACAUAUACAGCGCUUCUCCGGGAUCAGUCCUACCUCGUCGAUCUCGUGGACUCGACUUUUCCCGCGCAUGCACCAAUUUACAUCAUUCAAUAUUGGCGGAGUCGUCUCCCGACUCGUCCCCGACGGUGGGCGGCCGAGGUGUAGCGAUCCCGGCACGCCGUGGAUCGCCCGGAUCGUCGGUGCCGCCUUUCUCAACUUCAAACCCCGCUGAUCGAACAACCAUCUCAAGUUCUAUGUCGAGCGUUAACAUGAUGGAGUCAGACACCAGCAGCAGCGAAAACGAUGAUGAGCCGAUGGACCGAGAUGACGUGAUUAUGAAUACUCCUCAGGCACGAAAACUGGCCCCAGGCUUUAACGGCUUUGCUGGUGGAAAUGUACCAAGCCCCGGGAUGGACUGGAUGGGCAAUUAUUCUCAAGCGGCGGCAAGCUUAUUGAGCUUUCAGCGGGCGCGCUUUCGCAGAGGACGUAGCAGCAGACACAGUUCCAGCAGCGCAAGUGGGAAUAGUUCGAAACAGAGCCCGGCACCUUUAUCGCCACCAGUGAUGAAAAGCAUAGAAAAUGGAAAUGGCUACUUCGGAUAUAAGAACGGUGCGGCCUCGCGGCGGGAGAGCUUAAGCAUGGGGACCCGUGAUCUACGACUAUCAGAUAUGAGUGACGAGGGAGAAAACAGGGGUGCUCGUGGCCACAGCCCAACCGGAAUCAGGUCUGACAGUGGCCCAUUGGGCGUGAUUAGACGCGCUGUUACACGACGGGGAAGCCUCUUGCCUAAAACAAAAACAUUCGCACGGAUUAGGGCGGCUUUGAUGGAAGAAGCUGCUCCCAUCGACAGCGAUGCGAAGCGUGAGGCGGAAGUCAUCCGCCAGGUUCGCGAAACCGAACCAGAUCCGCUGCCACACACAUCCCCAGUGCUGACCGUAUUCUCAUCGCCGAAUAUGUUCGCACCGCCUGGAAUGGGGGAGCAUCACGAGCCGGAGAAGCACACAGCUUCUUUACCUGAUGAACCCAGCUUCAGCGACCAGGCCAAUCGCAACUCUGGAGGGCAGGAGUUUUGGAAUUCGUUUGACGAACGCUAUCGUACUCCGCCGCCGCCCCUUCGCCAACAUGCAACGUCGUCGGUGUCUGAAGAUGAUAUAGCAAUGGAUAUGACGCCGUCCACCACGUUUGGGUCAAACUCUAACGACUUUGCAAAACCCGGCGAAAGACCUGCGUCUCGUGCUUCGACCCCACUUCCAGCACAGGCUGGUGUUAUAUCCGAGUUACGCAGAAAGCGACGGCGGGAGGAUGACUUCGAUCCUAACUUAUUCAAGCGAAGGGCUGUUUCUCCGAGCAUGAGCGCACAAAGCAGUCCAAUCAUGCCAAAUUCUCCGGCCGUUACGGACAAUGGGCCCAACAUAUGGGGUCCCCCAAAAUCAAACAUUGGGCCUCUGUUCAACGAUCGACCCGAGACCGGGGCUCGGACGAUACCCACCACACCUCACACUGGGACCUUGAAGAGGGUGGGCAUGCAGGGCAUGAAUGAAGCGAAUGAUGGGUUCAUGAACAUGAGUAUUGAAUGACCGCCUUCCUUCGGGAGCUGGUAGCGAGCUGGUCUCGCUUGACUUCUGUUUGUCGGUAUUGUUACAUAAGCCACUGAUCAUCUUGUUUUUAAUGAUAAUUAGAAUAUUCUUAAUAGCA